UGAGAGACACCUUUUUAGUGAUCUGCUUCUCGGAGGAGUUGGACGUGUUGGUUUUCGCAGUUGAAAAGUUGAUUUUGUUCAGAGAGGCAGCAAAGUUAAUUUAAAAUCCAUUCGUUCAUGCCAUGCGCGAUAAACUUGCCCAAAUAUUCUGCUCCCAGAGAAGCACACGUAAAACCAGUUCAGAAAGUUUACAAGGACAUAAUAAUGUGUCAGUUAAGCAAUCAGAAAAGUGCAGCAUCGAAGAUGGGACAACGGGUUCCAAUGGCAGCUUUGGGAAUGGGGCGCCCGAAACGGCAGAGACCGACUCAUCAGGGACCGGGGGGGUGCGGGACUCGCUGGAGGGGUCGGGCUCAAAGACGAACGACAUUGUUCACCUCAAGAGACGGGUGGGACUCUUCAGUGGGGUGGCUUUAAUUGUCGGAACUAUGAUUGGGUCUGGAAUAUUUGUAUCGCCUUCUGGUUUAUUGGUGAGAACUGGUUCCGUUGGCGUGAGCUUCAUCAUAUGGCUGGGAUGCGGUCUACUCUCGUUAUUAGGUGCGUUGGCGUAUGCAGAGUUGGGUACUAUGAAUACGUCAUCCGGUGCUGAGUGGGCAUACUUCAUGGAUGCAUUUGGUGCACCUCCAGCUUUUCUGUUCUCUUGGGUGAGCACUUUGGUGCUUAAACCCUCCCAAAUGGCAAUAAUAUGCCUGUCUUUUGCCCAGUAUGCUGUUGAAGCGUUUGUCUCAGAAUGCGAUCCACCACUGGCAGUUGUGAAGAUGGUUGCUGUCCUUGCGAUAGUAUGCAUCCUGUUUGUGAAUUGCUACAGCGUUAAUCUUGGUAUGGCAGUGCAGAAUAUCUUCACGGCAGCUAAGCUCGUGGCAGUACUCAUCGUUAUUCUCGGAGGCGCAUACAAAUUAUUCCAAGGCAACACUCAACACCUGCAGAAUGCAUUUACAGGACCUACACCAUCUUUCGGUGUGAUUGCAACAGCUUUCUACACCGGUCUUUGGGCCUACGAUGGAUGGAAUAAUCUCAACUAUGUGACUGAGGAAAUUCAGAAUCCCAGCAAGAAUCUGCCUCGCUCCAUCAUAAUUGGAAUACCUCUUGUGACCCUCUGCUAUGCUCUCAUAAAUGUAUCGUACUUGGCGGCAAUGUCAGCAUCUGAGAUGAUCGAGUCCGAGGCAGUUGCCGUGACGUUCGGGAAUCGUAUUUUGGGCGCCUUCGCCUGGCUAAUGCCACUCAGUGUGACCAUUAGUACGUUUGGUAGUGCAAAUGGCACCCUCUUUGCUGCUGGACGUCUGUGCUUUGCUGCCAGUCGUGAAGGACACCUCCUGGAUAUUCUCUCCUAUGUCCACGUGAGACGUCUCACACCAGCUCCUGGACUUAUAUUCCACUCUUUGAUUGCGGCAGCAAUGGUUAUCUAUGGAACCAUUGACACCCUCAUUGAUUUCUUCAGCUUUACAGCAUGGAUUUUCUAUGGUGGUGCUAUGUUGGCCUUAAUUGUGAUGCGCUAUACUAAACCCAACUAUCCGAGGCCCUAUAAGGUGCCAAUUAUCAUUCCACUGUUGGUUUUGGUGAUCUCGGCGUAUUUGGUCGUAGGCCCAAUUUUUGAUAAACCUCAAAUCGAGUACCUGUACGCGGUGGGUUUCAUAUUGGCUGGACUGAUUGUCUACGUACCCUUUGUCCACUAUGGCAUUCAAAUCAAGUUUAUGGACAAAGUUACAAUUUUCUUUCAAAUGCUCCUCGAAGUGGUUCCCACGUCCACCAUGGCGAUGUUUGAUUGAGCAAAUGAGAAAAGAGGAAAGUUCUGCAAAUUAUUUGUGCUUCUGCACGAUAUUUUGCGUAUAAAUACAAACCAAAAAAAAAAAAGAAAAAUAAAUGUAGUGCUCCCCUUCUUCGUAAAUGUUUCACCAAAAAGCAAGCCACAAAAGGUUAAAAAAAAAAACUAAUGGGGCAGAAUGGCACCGAUAUGAAAGAAUUCUCUGUAUUUUGUAGGUGCAGCUCAAAAAAAAAUGCUUAAAAAAAUGAUGUACUUUAGUGAUUAAUUGUAAAUGAUGGAGACUUAAUUGCAACUGAAAGUAUAUUAAAUUAGUAAGAAUGAUGAUUGAGGCAAUAAGUUAAACGCGAGAACAAGAAAAAAACUAUAUCAGUGUUAUAUCGCUAUAUUGGCCCGACAAAUUAGUUUAGCUUCUGUGCCAAAAUCAAAAAUUCACAAAAUAAAUAUCAAAGGUGAAAUUUUUAAAGAUUUUAUUUGUUUGUUCACAAAAAAAAUUGAGAGAGAAUGGAGGAAGUUAGUGAAAUGUAAAAAAAAAGAAUAUCUUGUUGGGAAUUGAUGAUUUUUAAAACAGAUAAAAUCAAGACAAAAUGUGACUCUUCUCAAAGAACAGAAAAAAUUUUAUAUAAGAAAACACAUUAUUUUUGUGUACCACAAAUUGAGAAAUAAAGUCUAUAUUAUUAGAAUAGAA